UUUGCGUGGCGUCAUCAUUGUGCGUCCAGACGUGGGGCAGAUAAAUAUUUCCGCCGUGUCGCAAUGGAUUCAAACAAGGACGAAGCUGAGCGUUGCAUCAAAAUAGCACUGAAUGCACUCAGCAACGAUCAGCCGGACAAAGCCAGGAAGUUUUUAGAGAAGGCCCAGCGUUUGUUUCCUACGGACCAAGCCCAAACCUUACUGGAAACGCUAGCGCAGAAUGGGAAGCCUCCGGACCAGAAUGGCGGACCUGUUAACGGAGAAAGACCCUCCAUGAGGCACCGUCAUCACAGAGAAAGCGCAGAAACGUCCGGACAGGGCCCCACAGAUUCGUCAAAACCUUACACCGCUGAGCAGAUGGAGGCGGUCAGGAAGAUUAAGGGCUGUAAAGAUUAUUACCAAAUCCUGGGAGUAGAAAAGACGGCCUCUGAUGAAGAUCUCAAAAAAGCAUACAGGAAGCUGGCGCUCAAGUUCCACCCCGAUAAAAAUCACGCGCCAGGAGCCACUGAUGCAUUUAAAGCCAUAGGUAACGCCUACGCCGUGCUGAGCAACGUCGAGAAGCGGCGGCAGUACGACCAGUACGGGGAGGAGAGGUCGCACCCCGGCAGACAACGACAGCACCGUGACUUUGAAGCCGAUAUUUCUCCCGAGGACCUCUUCAACAUGUUCUUUGGUGGAGGUUUCCCAACCAGUAAUGUACAUGUUUACAGAAAUGGAAGAAUGCACUUUGCGCAUCAUAAUAGGCAAGAAAGACGAGAACAUCAAAGAGAUGGAGGUCUGGCUCUGUUUGUCCAGCUGAUGCCCAUCCUUAUCCUCAUCCUUGUGUCGGCGCUCAGCCAGUUAAUGGUCACGCAGCCCCCCUACAGCCUUAGCUACCGCCCGUCGGCCGGGUACAUUCACAAAAGGCAUACGUCCCACCUGAAGGUGCCUUUCUUCGUGGGAGAGCGAUUUAACGCCGAGUUCACGGGAGCCGAUCUGAAGAAUGUGGAGAGAACGGUGGAGGAGGACUACAUCUCAAACCUCAGGAAUAACUGCUGGAAAGAAAAGCAGCAGAAGGAAGGCCUAAUGUACCGCGCUCGCUAUUUCGGGGACUCUGAAUUGUACCAAAGGGCACAGAGGAUGGGGACUCCCAGCUGCAACCGGUUAUCUGAGAUUCAGCUCAUACUGGAUGGUUAGAAGCUGUUCAAACAAUUACAGGGUCUUUGGUACUUGAAUCAUUUUGGAAGACUGCGUUCGGAGCCGCACCUCCUUCCCCACCCACCAAAAAAAAAAAAAAAGACUGAGUGUAUUUGUGCAGCAAACCCAAGAGAAUCAAAGAGGCCUUUCGCAAUGUGGGCACCAGGCCUCAUGCAGGAAUAACUCCACAGCUUCCGGUAGAUCGACUUGCAGUCUGACAAGCAAGAAGCUUUGGCAGAUGUUGUCUUCCCUCUCUUGCGUCUUCAGACUGGCGAGGGUCCAUGAGUCGUCCAUUUUGAACAGUGAAUGAAGCUGCUAAGAUUAAAAUUUUCAUCCCCCCCCCCAAACAUUAUUUUGAGAACCCCCCCCCCAACCCGGCCUUCCUAUAGAUGCAUUUCUGAACCACUUUUUUUUUUUUCUAGUGUAAAUAUUGACUAGACUUUUUAACAGUUCAGAAUUUAUCAAAAGUAAUAUCAUUUAUUAAUAAUGUUAUGAAGUAACUGCUCGUCGGAUCAAGAUCAUUGAGAAAUUAUUGCACAGAUGAAACUUAUUUAUUAAA